GUGUCUUCUGUUUGUAUGCAGUUGUCUUCUUUACACGUUCCUGAACUUUCUAGCACACAGCUACAAUUGCUGUCACUAGUUGCCAACAUUGUAGUUUGGCUGCUUUCUCUGGAGACCAACGUGAUUUAAAUUGCAUUAAUAUUUCUACAUCCGACAUGGAGAACAGUGAUCAUGAACUCGCAUCUAAAACAAGGAAUUGUAACUGGAAUGUUUCUAAGCAGGUUUGGUGUGCGGAUGACAGCAAUGGUCGGCGCUUUGGAAAUAAUCCUAGGACUUGGUACAUCAGUCGUUGCGCCAAAUCUCCUUUUCUUGAUGUUCUCCCUAGGGAUUAUAUCAGGUAAAGGCUGUUCAUUUGUAUACAUGUCUCUGAACGUGGCUCUCUUUACACACUUUCCAAAUGCUGGACGCCAGUUGGUCUCCUUGGUCAGUAUUGGUGAAGGUGUUUCUUUUAUUCUUGCUCUUCCUUUCGUCUCAUACUUCAUUGAAACUUACGGCUGGCGGAGUAGUUUGCUUUUACUGUGUGGCAUGGAAAUGCAUUGCAUUCCGUUCGGACUUAUCUACAGUAUGAAAGCAGACAUCACACAUGGUAAUCGCGUAAUGUCCAAUCGAACAAGAGCAGCCAAAUGUACGACAUCAUUUUCUGAAAGCAAGAAAAAUCGAUUCGCACCUAACGAGAACCAUGUAAAUCAUCCCCAAAAUAACGAGAGGAAAAAAGAUCAAUGCGAACCGUAUACAACUGCUACAACAAAUAAAGCUUUUGAAGACACAGAAUGUGAUUAUGCUAAUAGCUGUAAUAAUGAUUCCACAAACGAUAAACCAAAACAUUUAGACUCAUCACCGGUGAAUGACUCGUAUAUAACAAAUGAUGACGACAACCAGGCUGAAGAAGAGCAACCCGAGUCCAAGAAAAAGCAAGGCAUUAAUUUAAAAACCUGGAAAAGGUUAGCCACAAAUAGAAUGUACAAUUUAACUUCAAUAUCGACGAUUACCUUUCUUAGUACGUCAUUGGUCAUGUUAACGAUUCUCCCCGAUUUUUGCAUGCGGCACGGAUUGUCACUCACACAAGGAGCUUGGAAUAGUGCAAUAUCUUCAGCAGGGGAUAUCACCGCACGUCUGGUGGGUUCCUGGCUUCUUCAUUCGAAACUGUUACCGAGCAUAGUGAUUUUUUCCUCGGCGAUUAUCAUGUGUGGGAUUACAAUGUCGGUCUAUAUUGCCGUAAACACACCGACGUAUAUCACCCUGACCACGUUCUUUUUUAUGCUAUUCGAUGGACUUGCUUACUCUCAGUACGGUGCAAUCUUCUUGGAUCUUGUCGAUUUGGAGGACUACCCUCUGGGGAUCGGACUGAACGAAUCUUUCGCUGGCAUUGGUCUCUUAUUGUGUGGUUAUCUCAUUAAUUUAUAUACUGCAUACAACAAUAACAACUAUGAUUACAGUAUCCUAAUUCUGGCAGUACUGACAACGGCUUCUGCUCUGCCGAUUUUUAUUUUCUACAUAUGUACCUGUCGAAAAACGAAAGCAGUGAUACUGGAUCAUCACCAGCACACUGAAGACGCGUCGACAAUUAAGAAAAUUGCUGCUUAAUGUAAUUCGAUUUCAAAAUUUUAUAUUUUCCUAUUUGAAGACUACCAUGUACAAGUGAAAUGAUUUAUAAAUCGAUC